AUGUCGGCGACGGGGCCCAUCAGUAACUAUUACGUGGACUCGCUCAUCUCUCACGACAAUGAAGACCUCCUAGCGUCCAGGUUUCCGGCCACCGGGGCUCACCCUGCGGCCGCCAGACCCAGCGGCUUGGUGCCGGACUGUAGCGAUUUUCCGUCCUGUAGCUUCGCGCCCAAGCCGGCCGUGUUCAGCACGUCGUGGGCGCCCGUGCCCUCACAGUCGUCCGUGGUCUAUCACCCGUACGGCCCCCAGCCCCACCUCGGCGCCGACACGCGCUACAUGCGGACUUGGCUCGAGCCGCUGUCCGGCGCCGUCUCCUUCCCCAGCUUCCCGGCCGGGGGCCGUCACUACGCCCUCAAGCCCGACGCCUACCCCGGGCGCCGAGCCGACUGCGGCCCAGGCGACGGCCGCAGCUACCCGGACUACAUGUACGGCUCGCCCGGGGAGCUGCGCGACCGCGCCCCGCAGACGCUGCCCUCGCCCGAGGCGGACGCGCUGGCCGGCAGCAAGCACAAAGAGGAGAAGGCCGACCUGGACCCUAGCAACCCCGUGGCCAACUGGAUCCACGCCCGUUCCACAAGGAAGAAGCGCUGCCCCUACACCAAGUACCAGACGCUGGAACUAGAGAAGGAGUUUCUCUUCAAUAUGUAUUUAACCAGGGACCGACGAUACGAGGUGGCCCGUGUUCUCAAUCUCACUGAGCGGCAGGUCAAAAUCUGGUUUCAGAAUCGGAGGAUGAAGAUGAAAAAGAUGAAUAAAGAGAAAACCGACAAGGAGCAAUCCUAA